AUGUCCGCCGGGGAUACAGCGCAAGACAAGGGCUUCAUAAAGGAUUUGGAUGGAUGGGUCGAGCAGCUGUACGAAUGCAAGCAGCUUACCGAACUCAACGUCAAACAACUUUGCGAGAAGGCAAAAGAAAUUCUUGAAAAGGAAUCUAAUGUACAAGAAGUCAAAUGCCCGGUAACCGUUUGCGGCGACGUCCACGGUCAAUUCCACGAUCUCAUGGAGCUAUUUAAGAUGGGUGGCAAAAGCCCUGACACCAACUACUUGUUUAUGGGCGACUAUGUUGAUCGCGGGUACUACUCGGUCGAGACUGUUUCUCUACUUGUUUCCCUGAAGGUGCGAUACCCGAGUCGCGUGACGAUCCUCCGAGGCAACCACGAGUCUAGGCAAAUUACCCAGGUCUAUGGUUUCUACGACGAGUGCCUGCGGAAGUACGGCAAUUCCAACGUCUGGAAGUACUUCACGGACCUCUUCGACUACUUCCCCCUCACCGCCCUCGUCGACGGGCAAAUCUUCUGCCUCCACGGUGGUCUGUCUCCCUCGAUAGACACCCUGGACCAUAUCCGGGCGCUCGACCGUAUCCAAGAGGUCCCCCACGAAGGCCCGAUGUGCGACCUCCUCUGGUCCGACCCCGAUGACCGAGGCGGCUGGGACAUUUCGGAGACGUUCAACCACUCGAAUGGGCUAACCCUUAUUUCCAGGGCUCACCAGCUUGUCAUGGAGGGCUACAACUGGUGCCAUGAUCGCAACGUCGUCACCGUCUUCUCGGCGCCAAAUUACUGCUACCGCUGCGGCAACCAGGCGGCAAUGGUCGAGCUCGACGACGAACUGAAGUACUCUUUCCUGCAAUUCGACCCGGCACCGAGACGCGGCGAGCCACACGUCACUCGUCGUACGCCCGAUUAUUUCUUA